UGCCGAAAAUGUAGGCCUAAGUAUAGCAUCAUCAUCUAGAACUGAAGAACCCCAUGAACGCCUGCUGCCUGCAUCUAUCUUUCUUCUCCAAAAAUUUAUCAAGCUCAAGAACAACCAAAGAAAUUCAUCAUAUUAUAUGUACACAAAUUGAGGAAAAGGGAUGCGAAAUAACAAAGGGGUCAUCAUCAAUGUCUAUACUGAAUCAUCAAGAAACCUCCGACCAGAUCGAAAUAUUCAUCCCAACAAGAACAUCAAUGCUAAUUUGUUAUCUUCUAAUAAUAAUCCUCGCCUAGGCUACGACCGUCGGGCACGGCUCCUUGCCUAUGCUCAGGAACUCAGGCAUGCCAAUGCACAAGAUGUAGAACGGCCCUUCAAGAACUCAACCCCAAGACAUAAGAAAAGGAGAUGGUCACUUCCUGCACAGAAGAUGAUCAGAGUAUUGCUUUCGAGGUUUGAUGGGGUAAAAAGGAAAUGGAAAUACGGGAGCAUCGUUACAGAGGAAUACUACAGUGAUCCUGAAGGAUCAAGCAAUCAAGAAAGGAUGAGUAGCAGAAAGCCAAGAAGAAGACAUGAUUCUCAUUUUUGUAUUUAUAUGAUUUCUUAUAGUCUGCGAUUUCAUGCAGAAGAGACUGCGGUGUUUCUGGAAGAAGAUCUCCAGUGUCUGGCAAUGCCAAAAUGGAAAAUGUUGAUUCAUUUGGCAGAAAUGUUUUUGAUUCUCACUCGGUGAUUUUUGUUCAGAUGCGUUUACCAUCUUGCAGAUAUUGAUAGCCCCAUUGGGAUUUCUUUCAA